CCCAACACACAGAGAAGUGGCUUUAUCGCUCUUAUACUCGCCUUCUUACAGCUCAGACGGAUUCUCCAAAACACACACACUCUCUCUCUCUCCUCUCUCUACAAAAUCCCCUCAUUUCGAAUCAAUUUUCCCUUAUCUUUCUUACUUUCUCUCUCCUUUGCUACGACAAUGGCGUCUUCAUCUCUGGCGACUGCUUCGGCCGUGACCAAAUCCGCCACUUUGUCUCAUUACAAUCACAAUACCUACAGGUCUUGCCCUCCUUCCAAGGUCUCAUUCCAUCUCUCUCAUAAGCCCAAGCUCCGAUUCGUCACCACCAAGGGUGUGCAGCCAAGUCGUAGUUGCUCCACUGUGGUCAAAGCUCACUUGAAUGAGGUUUCCGUGGAUGGAUCCCCCAAAGCUGCAGCUUCUCCUUCACACAAGUCAGACCCAAAACACCCAAAAGGAAAAGAUCCAAAACCAUCAAACAAGCCUUCUUCUUCAGUUUUGGCGACUGAGGAAUCAAUCUCUGAGUUUAUUAGUCAAGUUGCAAGCCUUGUAAAGCUUGUUGACUCACGAGACAUUGUAGAGUUGAAAUUGAAACAGCUUGACUGUGAAGUUUUAAUUCGUAAAAAAGAGGCCUUGCCUCAGCCACCUCCUGCUCCUGCUCCUGUGGCUACAUAUCAAGCACUACCUCCAUCUAUGGCCCCACCAGCUCCAUCUGCCCUUGCACCUGCACCUGCUCCAGCUUCUUCUCCACCACCCUCAGCAGCACCAGCGGCUCCCAAGUCUACAAAGUCAUCGCUUCCACCGCUUAAAUGUCCAAUGGCAGGAACAUUCUACAGAAGUCCUGGACCUGGUGAACCUCCAUUUGUGAAGGUUGGAGACAAAGUACAGAAGGGACAAGUUUUGUGCAUCAUUGAGGCCAUGAAAUUGAUGAAUGAAAUAGAAGCUGAUCAAUCUGGAACUAUAGUAGAGGUUGUUGCAGAAGAUGGCAAACCCGUCAGUGUGGACACGCCUUUAUUUGUGAUCCAACCCUAGAAGUUCAAUGGGUGAGUGGAGAUUAGAAGUGAGUGCUGCUCCAUCUAGCAAAGUUUGCAACUCGCGGCUGUGUUACUGUGUGGUAGAAUAUUUUGGUUGAAAUGAGGUGUAGUUAGGGGUUCAAAUAAUUUAUUUCUGACACUUGAAUACCGUAGCUGAGACAAUGUUCUCUUGUGUUCCACACCCGACGGUAGUUUUCUUUUCUCUUUUCCAACCCCAAUUUCUUUUAUUUUGUUUGGAACCCUGCAAAUUGAUGCUGUUAGACAGAGGAACUAAAUUCUUAAUGUCUCGGUACUCAAUAAUUAUCAAUAUGAUAGUUUUCUUAUCUA